AUGAAACCAAUGGCCACUCCCGGAGAAUCCUCAUCAUCGUUUCCCCCAUGCGAAAGCCUGAGGCAGGCCUCAAGCCCACAGCCAAGUAACGCCUCCAGCCAAACACUCGAAAGCUCGCAGUUGGAACAAGACGAAAUAUAUUAUAUUCCAACGGGUGAUGUCACGAUCUGCCUCGAGGGAGUGGUUUUCAAGGUACACCGGGCAAUCUUCUCUCGCGACCGCGACAGCCACUCGUCCGACACCAACCGCCAGAUUUUCAACGGAUCCGCGGAGGAUUUUCGCGUCUUUUGUUGGGCUAUGUACGCGUUGCCAUACGAAAUCCACCUGCUAUCUCGGCCAGAACACGGCUAUCCCAACAUUCCUCGCCUCCUCAGGCUUGCCGAAGUCGCCAAACGACACCAUCUUCUGCAGCUCCGGGCCUGGGCGCUCGAUAUUGUUUUCGCUCUUUGCCUUUUUCAAGCCGACGACAAAGCGACACCCUGCUGUGCAUCUUGUUUGGAGUAG